AGCCGCGUCGCCCGCCGGCGCUGGCCGCCUGGGCCGGGCCGUCCGGGCCGGGCCUGCGCCUUUCCGCGCCCCCUCGGCCACUGCGGCCUGGCCCUGCCAGAGGCUCUUCUCUCUCGCCCCUUCCCGCCUCCGCGGUCCCCGCGCCGUGCCUCCGCCCUCUCCCUCCGGUCCACAGCUUCCCCUUUUCGCCCUCCUCGGCCGCCCUUUGCCCCUUCCCGCCCUUUCCCGCUGGUUCUCGAGCCCCAGUCUCGUUGGCUGCCUCUUCGGCUCUGUUCCCGCCUCCUUCUGGAUCCCUCACUCCUUUGGCCCGACGCAGGCCUCUCAUCCUGGCCGGGGGAGUAUUCUUAAGGGGAAACUUUGCAGCGGGAGAGCCCGGGCGGGUUCGGGCGCCGGACACAUCCCCACUUCCCGAACCCCCCCAGGCCCUGACCUUUCCCCACCCCAUCGUGUUUAAUCACGACCGACCCAGUUUCUGGGUGAAAAGAAUUAACAUUGUGCUGUAUCUGGCACCGAGGGUGUAGAAGUUGAGUGGGUAGAGAGACGUGAACGUGUUUUGUCUCCGGGGCCGAUUGUUGCAACUUCGUCUUGUUUGCGUCUUCCAGAGUUGCUGGACAGGAUUUUCUUUUCCCGGACUCCAUGCUUCCUGCUGGGCUGGGAAAUUUUCUAAAAGCUUUAUUUAACAUUGUGAUGACACGCUUACGCGCGGAUCCAUUAUUGAUCAUUCUCAGGUCUUUUCAGGGUCCGGGAAAUUUGGACCUAGGCUUGUGGUUGUUAAGUGGGCUUGGUUAAAAUUGCAAGAUAUAAAUAAUAUUGUGAGACUUACUCUUCGUUUAAAGUCAGAGAAAAGUCAGGAAUUUGCCCUUUUGAUGGAGGACCUUAGAAGAAUUUUGUGGUUUUGUUUUGUUUUUUGAAAGGUUAGGGGAAACUCCAAAUCCCCGUGUGAUUUGACUUAAAGUAUCUUUAAAAGUUUGACCUUUGCGAGGAUUGUUCAAUUUCAAGAAAAUAGUGCAGUAAGAAUCGGCAAGAACGUCUCCCACAAACUUAAUGAAGAUGAAUCAAGUGUAAGAUCCCUGGAGUUGGUUGUGCAGCUCUUGAUUUGAGUGAAUGGGAAGAGGGAGGAGCAUGGUAAAGCCUUUUAAAGUUACAAACACGCUACUAUUUAGCUGUUAAGGUCAUACCUGAGAUUCACCUUUGCUCUGGGUUAAUUUAACUGAGGGAAAAGAUGAGUAAUCAGAAUGCUCGAAGUCUGAAAAUAGUUUAGAUGGAACUUUAUUCCUAGAGUUUUAGUUGGUAGCCAGUCUUAUUCUGGUCUGUUUUGGUUUGUAAAUGAUGGAUCUUUUAGUGUGUCAGUAAGAAUGUUAGUGGAGUUUGUAUUAACAUCUGGAGGUCAUUUACAGUAUAUUAAAUUAGCCCUGUAUAAUUAAAAGUUCUAUAUCUGAGUGCAAAACAUCUUAGCACAGUGUUAGGGCAGGAAUGGGGUUCAUAGACUGGGUUCACACUUAUAUGCCUAAGCAUCCAGACUAGUGCUAAAAGCACAUUGUAGGGAUUCUGUCAAUAUUUGUGUAAGGAAUGGAUUUCUGCCUGUAGAAUUCAGCAAUGCAUAUGUAGAUGUGAUGUGUGCUGAUUUCUAGAGAGGCCCGAAGAGAGAUUGUGUGGGGUCCAGAGGAGUGGGGAGACUGGCUCAGAUGAUGUUCCUCUGUGAGGGCCAGCGUUUGACUGGUCAUUAAGUAAUUGAGGAAAACUAAUAAAAACUUUAUUUUAGUUCUGCCAGCAGGAGGAAUUUGUUUACAGCCUAUGGAUAGCACCGUUUUAGAUGCUGUGGAGCUUCAAAAAUAAGAGAAUAUCUGAUCUUUGGUCACCCCUCUCCCCAGUAUUAACCGGAACAUCCAUAGUAGUGUAAAAAGUUUCACAAUGAAAUCGGAAGCCAAGGAUGGAGAGGAGGAGAGUCUACAAACUGCUUUCAAGAAACUAAGAGUGGAUGCAUCAGGGUCCAUAGCAUCUCUGUCUGUUGGAGAAGGCACAAGUGUCAGGGCGUCAGUCAGAGCAGCAGCAGAGGAUACCAAACCUAAGACCGCAUGUGCAUCUAAAGACAGUUGGCAUGGGUCUACAAGGAAAUCUUCACGAGGAGCAGUGAGAACCCAGCGUCGCCGCCGUUCCAAGUCUCCUGUCCUUCAUCCUCCAAAGUUCAUACAUUGCAGUACAAUAGCUUCUUCCAGCAGCCAGCUCAAGCACAAAAGCCAGACUGACUCCCCUGAUGGCAGCAGUGGGCUGGGAAUUUCAACCCCUAAAGAGUUCAAUGCAGGAGAAUGCUCAUCUUCUCUCGAUACUAAUCACACAGGGGCAGUUGCUGAGCCUUUGAGAACUUCGGUUCCAAGGCUCCCAUCAGAGAGUAAGGAGGAAGAUUCCUCUGAUGCUCCCCAAGUCUCCCAAGCAAGUCUCCAGGCCAGUGAUCUCUCUGACUUUCAAUCGGUCUCCAAGCUAAACCUGGGCAAGCCAUGUGCAUGCAUAGGCAAGGAGUGCCAGUGUAAGAGGUGGCAUGACAUGGAGGUAUAUUCCUUUUCAGGCCUGCAGAAUGUCCCUCCCUUGGCCCCAGAACGAAGAUCCACACUUGAGGACUACUCUCAGUCGCUUCACACGAGAACUCUGUCUGGCUCUCCCCGUUCCUGUUCUGAGCAGGCUCGUGUCUACGUGGAUGACGUGACCAUUGAGGACCUGUCGGGCUACAUGGAAUAUUACUUGUAUAUCCCCAAGAAAAUGUCCCACAUGGCAGAAAUGAUGUACACCUGAGAGCAAGAAGCUCCUUACUAUGCUUUAACCAAUGAAGGGUUGUCAGAGAGUUAGUUAACAGCAGACCUUGCAGCUACUUUGUGUGAGAAGACAUCUCCUUCUGCUCACUGUGCUUGCAAUAAAAACUUUUCUUGGCAUCUCAGUCA